GAGGCCGAAGAGCCUGGGGGUUUAAUUUUGAUGGGGAAGAGAUCCCCAGGAAAUCGAUACUUUACCAUGUGGAGAUGAAUCAUUUGUGUUUGAGAGCUGCAGAACCAGGGACGGAUCUGUCAGGCGCUCUGUAAACCAGUCACUCCUGACCCAUCGCUCUCACCCCCCACCUCCACCCUCAGACUCACUGUAGCUAUGUCAUUCAGGAGACAAGUGAAGAACUUUGUGAAAAAUUACUCAGAGGCCGAAAAAAAAGUCAGGGAAGCAACUUCCAAUGACCCCUGGGGCCCCUCCAGCUCUCUGAUGCUAGCCAUCAGUGACAUGACUUUCAGUGCGGCCUCCCUCUCGGAGAUCAUGCACACGCUGUGGCGGCGCCUCAGCGACCAUGGGAAGAACUGGCGCCACGUGUACAAAUCCCUCGCCCUGAUGGACUACCUCAUCAAGAACGGCUCCAGGAAAGUCAUUCAGUAUUGCAGAGAGGGCGUCUGUAACCUCCAAAUGCUAAAGGAUUUUCAACACAUAGAUGAAGCCGGCAAAGACCAAGGUCGCUAUAUCCGGGAGAGGUCUAAGCAGGUCAUAACUCUGCUGAUGGACGAGCAGCUGCUUUAUAAAGAGAGGGAAGUGGCGACUUGGACGAGGCAGCGGACCUCCUACUCCAUGUCAUUUCCCAACAGAUUACCUGCCACGGGGAACUCACCUUCAGCAUGCGCUUCGGUCCUCAUCCCGGAAAGCCUUACCUCGGAGAAGAAUCUCGCGCAAGAUUGCAAGAAGACUGCAAGUCUCUGCAAUAAAAAAAACACCUCCAAGGCCAGGCUGAGGCUGGAGCAGUGCCAGGAUGUGCCCUCGCCUGCUGGAACCUCUCUGCCCCUGUACUUUCCUUCACUCGGGAUGAAGGCAUGGAAAUCUACAGAGGACCUAACAUUGUUGUACUCAUACGAGCAUCCAAAGCAACGUUUGCCAAGGUUACCUCCUUCCAUCCCCUCUCCUACGUCCUGGCUGUCAGAACGGGAGUCGGAAAUCUGCAACCUCUGGGACACAGAAGCUGUGUCUACUCCCCCAGAAAAAAGCCCAUCGAUGCAGACAAAUAUGAGUUUAGGCAAGAAAAUGGAGAAAGCCAUUGCAAAUACUAUCACAGAAAGUCCCCCACGUUCUCCUCAGGAAAAGCAGACGGCUGCAAAAAGCUUUGAAACACAGAUGCCUUUACAAGAAUUUUGGCCAUCAGGUAAAGAUGAGUUCACCAGCCUGGGUUUGAGGAUGUCCAAGUCUGAGUCCAUGUUCCACAACCCGUCCUCUGUGGAGACACUCUACGUCUCACCCGCAUUCAAAACCAUUAGCCCACUGAACGAGAACAGUAAGAACCUCCAGACACCUGCACAGUCCAGCGUCUGCCGGAGGGAAGAAGUGUGCCUCAAGCCUUUAGCCAUGCGGGGUGAGUGUCCCCCCAAACAAGCCAAUGAAGCAGUCUCCACCGCCUCAGAGGUCGCGUCUUCCUUUUCUACGCUGUCUAUAGCGUCUCCUGACCCGGCCCAUCCAGAGAAGUCAGCCAGUCACUUUACCCCGGUUUUGACCAACUCUUCCUUCUGGACUCUGCCCCAGCCACAGUCACCUUCUGACCCCUUCACAUACAAAAAUGAGGCAGUCAGUGUUCGUCGCCCCUUUGCUCCCACGGGGACAGGAUCUUCAGAUGAUGAGGAAUACACCAGUCUUCCAGACAGCUCUGAUUCAGCCAGGAAGAAGCCAAGUUACAGCCCCAGCAGCUGCCGGGGAGCAUUUUCCACCCUAACUAGAGCGCACUUCCCCGUGGCGUCCCAUGCUAGCUUUCAGGCCAACUCAGGCUCGCCCAGGGACUCUGAAUCCCACUCCAUCCACACUCUGCUAGCUGAGGUGAAGACUGCCGUGGUUCGGCUCCACGAGGACCUGAGCCUGGUGAUCCAGGAACUCGGUGUCAUCAACAGCCACCUAGGCAAUCUGUGUGGCAGCAGCCCAACAGCCAGUGAGACCCUGCAGGACCCCCAGUCUCACAGGGGGAGACCAGACUCCCUCUAGUCACCUAGCCAUUCUGUUGGAACCCAGUGGUUCCGCGGCCCACAGACCUAGGAAGUUCCUGUUGCUGUGGAGACAAGAAGCAAUGACUUAAUUUUUCAUUGUCAAGUUUAUUAGCACCGCCUUUCAAACUGACAAAGCCAUGUGGGGUUAGAUAUUUUUUAAGAGAAAGAAGUCACUUUUGAUCAUUUUAUGUUUAGAUAUUGGUUCCUUAGAAACCGAAGGGUAUUUCUGUCAUUCUUCACAUUUCUGAAUUUUAUCCAUAGUGAGGUAAGCCUUAGUGGAAGUUUUGGGGAGACUUUAAAGUGCAAAUAGCAGUUGGAGGGCUUUGGGGUGAGCAAGUGAGCUAGGAGAAACCCUGGUUCAUCACCCCCGCCCCCAGUGCUGAUGCUGAGCUGCUAACAGCCUGAUCUCUCACCCUUUCAGCCCUUUCAAGCUGAAGCCAGCAUAAAUCAAGGGCCUGAAGUCUCCUCAGGGGCCACAGGGUCAGAAGUAAGGCUGAGGCAGGUAGGAUGAGGAGCACGUGGUUUUUAUUUUGAUUUCCAGAAAGUUCGGACACAUUUCUUUUUUCUUGUAUUUCAUAAAUAAAUUUGAUGUUUUCAACUUACUAUAUAUUUUUAAAAUUCAUUAAAACAACUUUUCAAA